UGAAUAGUCACAGUGUGCUGUGAUUCCUCACGCAGGCGGGCCGCUAUGUGUGUGUCACACAGCUAGAGAGCGAGGGGGAGGUGAAAGUUCACCAUGGCUUGGCCAUAUCAGGUGACAAUGUGGAAAAGUUUGGCUGCCGACUCAGAUUAAAUUACUCAAACUCGGAGAAUGACAAACGAACGGAAGUACAAUGAAGUGGACGGAGAAAACGAAGCGCUGUUGUUCGAUUAUUAUGACGACGAUGAUGAUUUCGACACCUUCACUGACGGGGACGGAGACUGCGGCUGUGAUGACGGAGUGCUGGGCUUCAGUGAUCCGUUCAGCAGUGAGGUGAAACCUCGGAUCCUGCUGAUGGGCCUGAGGCGAAGUGGCAAGUCUUCAAUUCAGAAAGUUGUAUUCCACAAGAUGUCACCCAAUGAGACUCUCUUUCUGGAGAGUACAAACAAGAUUUGUCGAGAGGAUGUUUCCAAUAGUUCUUUUGUCAGCUUCCAAAUCUGGGACUUUCCUGGGCAGAUUGAUUUCUUCGACCCAACAUUCGACUAUGAGAUGAUAUUUCGUGGCACAGGGGCUCUCAUCUUUGUCAUAGACUCUCAGGACGAUUACGUGGAAGCAUUGAGUCGACUUCACCUCACCGUGACAAGAGCCUACAAGGUCAAUCCUGACAUCAACUUCGAGGUGUUCAUCCACAAGGUGGAUGGGCUUUCAGAUGACCACAAAAUUGAGAAACAAAGAGACAUACACAAACGAGCCAAUGAUGAUCUAGCCGAUGCUAGUUUAGAAAGAAUACACUUAAGCUUCUACUUGACAAGCAUCUAUGAUCAUUCAAUCUUUGAGGCCUUCAGUAAAGUUGUGCAGAAACUCAUCCCUCAACUUCCCACCCUUGAGAAUCUGCUCAACAUUUUCAUAUCUAAUUCAGGGAUUGAAAAGGCUUUUCUCUUUGAUGUGGUCAGUAAGAUUUACAUAGCAACCGACAGCAGCCCGGUGGACAUGCAGACCUAUGAAUUGUGUUGUGACAUGAUAGAUGUGGUCAUCGACAUCUCGUGCAUCUAUGGCAGUAACCCUUCAACUUUUGGACAGUGCUUCUUCUCCACACCUGUAAGCAACAGUUCUUGCCAACUACAUCACAUGGGAGGUUGUGAACUAAAUCGUCUCAUGAAUGCGCAUUGCAGAGCCCGACCAAGGUUAACGGGAGAUGAGGCGGGAACUCCGUAUGAUAAAGAAUCCAUGGCCAUAAUCCACUUGAACAACACUACGGUCAUGUACCUAAAAGAGGUCACCAAAUUCCUUGCCCUGGUGUGUUUCCUCAGGGAAGAGAGUUUUGAGAGGAAAGGACUUAUCGACUACAAUUUCCACUGUUUCAAGAAAGCCAUAGAGGAGGUGUUUGACGUGCGCUUGAAAGUGCAGAGGAGUCGGAAGCUGCUGAGCCAGAGGAGGUGGAGCAGGCAGACCGUGCCAAACGGGACUCAGGUUCAUCCACACUGAAGAGCUCUGAAAGCACCACGGCCUGUGACUCCAGAGUGAAGGCUUCACACAGACUUUGCUUGUGAUUUGAAUGCUCUUCAAGGCCACUUACUGCUCCUCAGCAAUCCAAAAUGGCAAUACAGACUGCGUUGUGCAUUAAUUAUCUUGCACGGCUAACUUAGCUGUCCAUGCACAGUUUGCAAUAUAAGCAAUUUUUUUUUAUGUUUUAAAUAAUAUUUUUUACUCAAACUAUGGUAGUUUCUCACAAAAUACAGUUACAUUACAAAGUCACAAAUGCAAGAUCAUACAUUACGUUUGUCAGAUUUGUACAGUAUUGCACAAACAUUUCAUUUAAUCUUAAAGUCAUUUUUAAUUGCUUAAAAUUAAAUAUGAUUUCUCUCUUUUAGUCCAUAUUUUUUACUACCCCUGCAGAUGAUUUAUUUUUUACUUAGUCAUUUAUGGUUAAAUAGCUUUUCAGUUUCACAUUUUUUCUUUAUUUACUUAAAAUUGUAGUUUACAUUACCAGUCAAAAGUUUUUGAACAGUAAGAUUUUAAUGUUUUUUUAAAGAAGUCUCUUCUGCUCAACAAGCCUGUAUUUAUUUGAUCCAAAAUACAGCAAAAGCAGUAAAAUUGUGAAAUAUUUUUAGUAUUUAACAUAACUUCUUUCUAUUUAAAUAUAUUUUAAAAUGUAAUUUAUUCCUGUGAUCAAAGCUACAUUUUCAGCAUCAUUGUGCCAGUCUUCAGUGUCACAUGAUCCUUCAGAAAUCAUUCUAAUAUGCUGAUUUGCUGUUUAAGAAACAAUUUUUUAUUAUUAUCAAUAUUUAAAACAGUUGAGUACAUUUUUACAGGAUUCUUUGAUGAAUAGAAAGAUCUAAAGAUCAGCAUUUAUCUGAAAUUAAAAGCUUUUGUAACAUUAUACAAUAUACCAUUUCAAAAGCUUGGAGUCAGUGUGUGUGUGUGUGUGUGUAUUCAUAUAUAAAUGAAUACUUUUACUUAGCCAUGAUGCUUUAAAUUGAUCAAAAGUGAUGACAAAGACAUUUAAAAUGUUUUUUGAGCAGCAAGUCAGAAUAUUAGAAUGAUUUCUGAAGAAUCAUGUGACUGGAGUAAUGAUGCUAAAAAUUCAGCCUUAAAAUCACAGAAAUAAAUUACGUUUUAAAAUAUAUUCAAAUAGAAAGCAGUUAUUUUAAAUAGUAAAACUAUAGUUUUGUAUAGUUUUUGCAGUACUUUGGGUCAAAUAAAUGCAGGCUUGGUAAUCAGAGGAGACUUCUUUAAACAUUAAAAAUCUUACUGUUCAAAAACUUUUGACUGGUAGUGUAAGUUUGUUAGCAACUUUUUCAGAGCCACUUACUGUUCUUCAGCAAACUACACAGACAAUACAGACUGCUGUGUGCAUUAAAUAUGUUGCAGAACUAACUUAGUUGUCCAUAUGUUAACUGUUUGUAUUGAAAAAAAUUUGUAUUCUUUGCCAUCUUUUUUUUUUUACCUUAAACAAAUCUGUGCUAAAAGCCACAAGUGCAAGAUCAUACUUUAGUCACAUGUGUCGGGCUUAAACAUUUCAAUUUGUGUGUAUAUAUACACACUGUAAAGCAAGAAAAUUAUUUUCUAAGUAAUUUUUAAUUGCUUAAAAUGAAUAAUGAAUUUCCCCUUUUAAUUCAUCCUGCAGAUGAUUUUUGAUCUGAUUUGAUCCUACAAAUUUUUUUGUUGAUUUAUUUCCUUAAAAUUGUAAUUUAAGCAUGUCAGCAACUUAAAGUUAACAAACAAGUGUAUGAUUGGUUGUUUUGCAUAUACAAGUGGUUCUCAAUCUAGGGACCCAUUAGAGGGCCUCAGCAAACUUCCAAGGGACUAUAUUUUUAUUUUAAACAGUUAAUAUUAUAAUUAAAUAACUAAUGGCAUUAGUUUUCCUCAAUAACUACUGAUAGUUUCUGUUUGUAAAAAAAACAAUUAAAAACAAGAUAAAAAUACACCAAAUGGAGAAAAUAUUGUAUAUAUAUAUAUAUAUAUAUAUAUAUAUAUAUAUAUAUAUAAAAAUGUAUUGGACAAUGAUGGGCCUUCGAGUCAAAAAGUUUGAGAACCACUGGCAUAUACAGUUGCCAUAUUGUAUACAUUUUAAGCAUAAAAAAUGCUAAUUUGCAGAAUUUUUAUUUAUUUAUUUUGUUUAAAAAAAAAUGAAAGUGCUUUUGUUUAAAAAAAAAAAGUGUCUUUAUUUGUGAAAAUAAUACUUUUAUUUCACUACAAUGUAUAUUAUAGACAUAUUUUAUAAUUCAAAAUGUCUUUUUGCUAAAAUGAUAUUUAUUCUCAAUCUCCAAAUGCAAGAAGUGUUGAUUGACUUGAACACUUUUCCCUUAGCUUUCACUCGAAAGGAACAAUUAACUUUUAUAGCGUCACAGGAAGUACAAGGUCCCGCCUCCGCCCCGGCGCUAAUAUCAUGUAACUGAUUUCAGCAGUUGGUGUGUGUUGUCAGGGUUUUAAUGCGGGUGGAAGUGUCUCGCUGCGGGGUUAGAGAACCAGCGCUAAUCCCAGGGGAUACCUUUGCUUCGGCAAUGAAGGCUGAUGGGUAAAUCUCAUGAGGUCAGAGCCGCUUACGCAAGAGCUGCUCCUCUCUGGAUGGACACUAAAUCAUCUGUAGUGAAACUACAAUGUGUUAUGUAAGACAAUUUCAUGUUUAGUAUUAUAAUCUCUAUCAGCGGGCCAAACGCUAUUUACUCGGCAGGGACGCAUCUGUGACUGAGGGCUUUUCCUUUUGUGCUUAUGUGUCGUUAAGGCACACGGUGAAGAACUCGAACUUGAAACUGUCUUUUAACAUGAAUAUGUUUGAAUCUAAGAAUUUUAAAACAGCAUUUUAAAUAGCGUUGCUGUAGCCACGUCAAACCGAGUGUAAUUUAAAUUUAUCAGCUGUAGUUCUCAGUCAUAACUAGUCAGAAGCCAUAGUGAACGUACCAAUCAGAGGCCGUCAUAGAGGAUUAGAUUGCUUCAAGACUUAAGCUGUCGCUCCACAUUAAGAAAAGGCUUUAUGGGCUCUUCACAAGGUCUUCAUUGAUUGGGUGAAAAGAGGGCAGUCUUCAUGUAACUCGUGCUGUCAGACAUGAAGUACACAUCAGACACAUGUCAAGUUAUCCAGAUACUUCCGCUCCCACACUUAUGAGUACGCAUAUGCACUGUCGAUGGAUUUUCAAUGUAUAUUUAAGCUUCUUAGUUUAGUUUGCGUAUUAUUGUGCAACAUGUUUUUGUCUUUUUUUUUUAACUUUACGAGGUUUCAUUUGUUAUAGAAAUAGUUCAUUUAAAAGUGAAAAUUUGCUGAAGUUAUUCACACUCAUGCUAUCCAAGAUGUAGAUGAGUUUGUUUGUGAUUCAGAACAGAUUUGGAAAAUUUAGCAUUACAUCACUUGCACACUAAUGGAUUCUCUGCAGUGAAUGGGUGCCGUCAGAAUGAGAGUUAAAACAGCUGAUUAAAAACAUCAAAGUAAACGCCAGUCUAUCAAUUAAUGUCUUAUGAAAUUAAAAGUUGCAUGUUUGUAAAAAACAAAAAAAACAAAUGGAUCAUUAAGAUGUUUUUAACUUAAAAUUGUCAAAAUUUGAGUCCAAAAUAUUGCUUUCUCCAGUGAAAAUGUACACUCGUCUGAAUCAGGAGAGAAAUAUGCACAGAUAAAGCACCACGUACAAGCAAACACAAGUCCAAAACAGUUCUAAACAAAUAUGUUGGUGGAUUUUGAUGUGAAAGGACAAUAGGGGAUGGACUUUUUCACUGGAGGAAGCAUUGUUUUGAGUUAUAGACUCAUAUUGCUAAAUUUCUCCAAAUCGGUUUUGAUGAAUAAACUCAUCUACCUGUUGGAUGGCCUCAAGGUAUCAUCUAUUCUUUUAAUGCACAGUGAACUGACGUAAACAAACAAUGAACAACUUUAUUUUUAACAACAUUA